GGGGGCGGAGGGGUGAUCAACUGACUCUCAGCCCUCCUCGCCUCUCCCAGAGCCGGGUCCGUCGGUCCUCGGGAUGCCGCUACCACGACUGGUAUUGUCGCGUACGCCGCCUCCGGUCAGCCUGCUCCACCACUGUAGCGCCGGAGGGUCCGAAGGAACUUCAGCCAGAGUGGUGCCAUGCAGCCAGGAGCGGGUCUGCAAGCUGUGCUGCUGGCAGUGCUGCUGGCGGGGCCACGGGGCACGAAAUGUCGCCUGCUGAGCGCCUCGGAUUCGGACCCCAGAGGAGGGCAGCUGGUUUGCCGGGAAGGGACACAGAGGCCUUGUUAUAAAGUCAUUUAUUUCCAUGAUGCUUCUCGAAGACUGAACUUUGAGGAAGCCAAAGAAGCCUGUAGGAGGGAUGGGGGUCACCUGGUUAGCAUCGAAUCUGAAGAUGAGCAGAGAUUGAUAGAAAAGUUCAUUGAAAACCUCUUGGCAUCUGACGGUGAUUUCUGGAUUGGACUCAGAAGGUAUGAAGAGAAGCGAAGCAACAGCACAGCCUGCCAAGACCUUUACUCUUGGACUGAUAGCAGCAUGUCAAAAUUUAGAAACUGGUAUGUGGAUGAGCCUUCCUGCGGUAGUGAAGUCUGCGUGGUCAUGUAUCAUCAGCCUUCAGCCCCCGCCGGCAUUGGGGGCCCCUACAGUUUCCAGUGGAAUGAUGACCGAUGCAACAUGAAGAACAACUUCAUUUGCAAAUAUUCUGAUGAGAAACCAACAGCCCCUUCCACAAGACCUGGAGGUGAGGGAACAAAGCCAGCAACACCCAUACUUCCAGAAGAAACUCAGAAAGAAGAUGCUAAAGAAACAUUUAAAGAAAGUAAAGAAGCUUCCUUGAAUCUUGCCUACAUCCUAAUCCCCAGCAUCCCCCUUCUGCUCCUCCUUGUGAUCACCGCAGUUGUAUGUUGGGUUUGGAUCUGCAGAAGGAGGACACGGGAGCAAGUGGACCCUAGCACAAAGGGGCAACAUACCAUCUGGCCCUCUCCUCACCAAGAGCAGAGCCCAGACCUAGAGGUUUACAACAUCAUAAGAAAACAAAGUGAAGCGGAUUUAGCUGAGCCCCGGCCAGACCUGAAGAACAUUUCAUUCCGGGUGUGUUCGGGAGAAGCCACUCCCGACAACUUGUCUUGUGACUAUGACAACAUGGCUGUGAACCCUUCAGAAAGCGAGUUUGUGACUCUGGCAAGUGUGGAGAGUGGAUUUGUAACCAAUGACAUUUAUGAGUUCUCCCCCGACCAAAUGGGGAGGAGCAAGGAAUGCGGAUGGGUUGAAAAUGAAAUAUACGGUUAUUAGGACACAUGAAAAAAACUUGAACUGACAAAAAUGGGAAGUAUAUGAGAAGAAAAUUCUCCUAUUUUCUAUAAAGGGACAUACUCAGAAGGUCUAUGAAAAUAUUCAGAUCAGGUCCUGAGAGUGAGCAUGUGAUCUCCACUAACCCCUGUUGGGUCCCCAAGUUCUGGUUUUAUCCCUUAUCCCAGUCUCUCUCUCUCACCCAACUGGACCUUAUGAAAAAGCACCUUGGCACUAGAGGAGUCUCAAUAAAUGUCAAUCAGUUGCUUGUAUCUGACUUUCAGGGAACAGUACUUUAACUGGCAGAGACGGAACUUGUGGCUAUAGGAUUUGGGAAGCCCACCUCUAAGUUCUAUUUUUGUUGUCAUUUUGGUUUUUUUUGCUCUGUACAGCAGCACACAUAAUCACAAAGAGACCAACUACAGCAUCAUUUUCAAAACCAAGGUAUGGUGGCCCUAGGCUGGCCUGCACAUCAGCAGUUCUCAUAUCUUUUUUUUUUUUUUUUCCUCUCUCUCAGAGAAUAAAGUCAAAUAAAAAGCAGGAAACAGAAUGUUAGUCAGUCUGUGUCUACAGCCCUUCCUCUGCACGUGGCCUCAGGGGACCUUUUUUUUCCCCUCUCUCUCUCUCUCUCCUGACAUCUAA